AUGAAUGGAAGGUGGGGAAAAAUAGUGAGCAGCGUGUCCAACGCGCUGGACUUUAACCAAGCCACCCUCAGCGGGUGCAUCGAUAUCAUCUGCAUAGAGUCCGAAAUUGAGAGCAAGCACAAAGGAGAAAACAAAAUAAUCGUCACGUACAAGUCGACUCCCUUCCAUGUGAGAUUUGGCAAGACAAAACUGUUAAGGUCAAAGGAGAAGAUAGUUAGCAUUUUAGUCAAUGGGAAGAGCACAAAUUUACAUAUGAAGUUAGGCAGCGCAGGGGAAGCUUACUUUGUUGAGAAGACAUAUGAUGAUGUCGAAGAAGAAUUAGAAACCUCCCCUCUGUCAUCCCCUCGCCAUGAGUAUAAUGAUUUAUAUUUAGAUCAACACAUCGACAGUUGCAGCAUUAACGAUUCGCUGAACAAUUUCAAGAGCGAUGACGAUUCGGAUAAGUCCUUCUUUCGCAACAUUGCCGUCGAUAGACGCAAGUCGGUGGAUAGGAACUACAAAAUGGAUCAAGGCAAGGGGAGGAAGCAGAGCAAUAAUCAGGACAAGGAAAGAGACCAUACCACGCGCGAUCAGCACGAUCACAGCAACCACCACCACCGUGGCUCCGUCCAAAGAGACAAUCUGAAGAAGAAAAAAAAAAACAGAACCCCCCACCGGCACAACAGGGUAAUAGCUGAAGACUACGAUCACCAUGCCAAUAAGCGAAAAACGGAGGACGAUGAUCCAAAUGUCAAUUCGGAAUGGUCCUGGUCAUGGGGAAGACUACCCCAUUUGAAAAAUCAGGAUUACGCCUCAGAUAACUGUACAGCCAUAUCGUCCAACAACAAAAAUGAAAAAAAGGAGAAACGAAAAAAAUUUUAUAAUAAAAGCGAAUCAGUCCAUGACUACUCCUCAUCGAGGGAACACCUCACGUGUGUACGCAGAAGAAACCUGAGCGAAUCGAAUGUUAGAAAGUGCCUCAACAAAGACAGAGAAACAAAGAGCUUCCCCCGUGACGGCAAAAGGAAGCAUAUAAAAAGAUAUAGGGAUAGUCACUUAGACCAUGUGAAGAAGGAAGUGCCCAGAAAACUCAGCAACAAAAAUGAUGCGGAUGGCUCCAAGCAAGGUCCCAAGUGCUACCACAAGGGAAGCCACUCCGCUAAGACGGUUGCCAAGGAGCCCACCACCCUCCACGAGGGUGUCGGCAAUAACAGUAGCAGUGGCAACAAUAAUAACAACGCUAACAAUGCCAAUACCAGAAACUGGGGCAAAUCUGAGCAUGUCGAGAAGAGGAGGCCAAGCCAGGGGGAGGGACUCCCCAGCAGGCGGGACGUCGCUGAUGAUAACAGGCACAGCGAAGGAGGAAAUCAGCAAGGAAGUCAACUUGGAAGCCAACGAGGGAGUGACGUGAAUGGGGAUCCCACCAAAAUGGAUCUAAAGAAGUCAGAGGAUGAAUCGAAGAACGCACAAUCGAAACAGAACGAUAAGGAGAAUGCGGAAACGAGGGGAGAUUAUCACUCCUUGGGGAUGGGAGUCAAUGAGAAGGAACUCGAAAGGGGGAAACAAAGGAUGAUAGAGAAGUUGAAACGUAAAGCGAGGGAGCGGGCUAGGGACAAGGCGGAAGGAUGUAGGGCACGGACAGGAGCCGAGACGGAGGCAGGCAGAGAAGCAGACAGAGGAGUAGACAAAGAAGCAGACAGAGAAGCAGACAGAGAAGCAGACAGAGAAGCAAACAGAGAAACCAAACGGGGCUCGGAAAAGUGGGCCAAGGCGGAGGAGUACCACAGGGAGCGGGCAAAAACAAAAGGCAAGUUCAAGCCACACCAUGAGCAUCAUUCCUCAGACGAAGACGCAGAGAUGAAUUCAAACGAUGAUGAUAACCAAAUAAGCUACUCCAAGGACGAACCGGACAGUACCUUUGACGACGACAUCCAAAACAGAAUUGAAUGUAGCUUGUGUGGACAUCUACUACUCAACCAAAAUGCAGAUAACGAACACAAUGAUUACAACAUAGAAAUUCACAACAAAAAUAUUUUUGAAGCCAAUAUAGUUACAUAUGAUCAGAUAGACAAGAAUUCCAACUUAUGGUACCAUCCAUCACUUGUCUUUCGAUUUGAUAAAAAGGACCCUUACUAUCCCUCAAGGGUUGCCUUACCCCUUCUAGCCUCCUGGGUCGUAUUCAACCAACCUCUGUCCAUUUUGGCUGUUGAGAAAUUACUAAACUCGUCUCUAACUUUGGUCGAAAUAAAGGACAAGGGAUGGAGAAACUGGUUCGGAGUAUCCAGUGUAGAAUAUGACAACACCGUCAAUAGGAAAAGUAUGGGGAAGGAUUCCAAAGCGUCCAACCAAAUUGAAGACAAAAAAAAAGAAGGGAGAAAAAGUACCAUCAAAACACCCCCCGUCGCAGGUGCUACCACCACCACGAUCAGUAACAAUAACAAUCACAUCAGUAACAGUAAUGCAAAUAAUCAUGAGGAAAGCGAAAUCGCAACUCUCAAAGAGCACGAUGCGAAGAGAAGCAUACAACAUUCGUUACAUAAUCCAAGUGAAGUCAGCAGGAGGAGCACAAAACAUGGAGAUGAAAAAAUAAAAAUAAGGUACCGGAAAUCAUUGAGACCGACCUCAGAGCAACUACAAUCAUUGAAUUUAAAGGAAGGAGCAAACACCAUAACCUUCCUGGUUACCUCCUCCCUGCAAGGAACCAAAAGUAUUAAUGGAACCAUAUACCUAUGGAAGAAAAAUGCCAAAAUUGUCAUCUCAGAUGUCGAUGGAACUAUUACUAGGUCCAAUGUACUUGGACAUAUAAUGCCGAUUGUUGGCAAAGACUGGUCUCAUGUUGGCGUUUCUCAAUUAUUUAACAAAAUUCAUAAUAAUGGGUACCACAUUUUGUACCUUACUGCUAGGGCUAUCGGUCAGGCCGACUCCACGAGGGAGUAUCUAUUCAGAUUCAAAAGAAAUGACAAUAAUAAGCUCCCCGAUGGACCCUUAAUUUUAAGUCCAGAUAGACUCUUCCCCUCUUUCAAAAGAGAAGUUAUUGACAAAAAACCGUACAUUUUUAAAAUCGCUGCGUUGAGAGAUAUACGAAAUCUCUUCCCGCUGAAUCAUAAUCCCUUUUACGCUGCCUUUGGGAACACUGAGAGUGACCAUCGAGCGUACAUAUCUGUAGGCGUCCCGGAGGCGAAAGUGUUCAUCAUAGACAAUCGGGGAAUCGUGCACCACGUCAACUCGACCUACGCCAAAACCUACGAAACCAUGAGCGAAAUAACCGAGCACAUGUUCCCGUCCAUCAAAAAUGACAAAAAGAGAGAAGAUGACGACCAAUACAAUUCCUUUCAGUACUGGAAGAUCAACAGCCUCACUUACUACGAAAAGUACAUGAACGUCAGCGACAGCAGUUGA